AUGCUCAACGCGAUCGGACAGCUUGCUGGCACAGCGCUGCUGUGCCGAUGGCUGCCAAAGGUGAAGCCUCCAUGCACGUACUCCUUGUUAAGCCUUCGGGCCCAGAUUGCGGCUCUCAAGAUGUCGAUGUUCAAACAGGCGUCGGAAAUGAUGCACGAUGCGUCGAUCGUGCCGGCCUUCACUCGCCUCUGCGGGGCCACUGUCGGACACGGUUGUGCCAUGAGCCGCCAGGCGCUCACGCUCCCGGAGACCUUGGUGGUCGGCAACCGUUGCUUCUUUGCCACCGACAACAUCCUGACCAGCGUCGAAGUGGACCGCGGAGAGUUCAAGGUGCCCUGUGUCACUUAUAUGAGCCUUCCAGAAGGCAGCUUCUGCGGCGUGAGCACCUGGCUGCCUGAAAGACCCACCGAGCCGCACUACUGCUACUUCGGGAAUCCGGCGAUCAAGUUCAAGCGCCUGAGCAGCCAAGCUGCCGGCAAGACAAACCAAGGCCCAGAACCCGCAAGUUGCCUGGCACGCUUCUGGCACCACUUUAGCAGCAGCGUCCUGGACGUCUUCCUUUACCGAGGGGUUCAAGGAAUGGUGACCGGCGCUGCCUUCGUGGUGAGCCGGACCAGCGUGCCUGAAAUCACCUCCGUUUGGCAGGCGUACUACUCUACCACUGUGACGCGCUGGUUCACUGCCCUCACCGGCCAGAAGCGAGUCUUCAAGCUUCCCUUUCAGGCGGCUGGCAGCCGCUGGCAAGCCCCGAUCCUGCGGCUGCUGGGUGCAAAGAUUGGCCAGCGGUGUGCACCCAGAAUGGAGAUGUCAUGGCCACCAUUGACUGUGUUCAUCCACCUGUACGGUAGAUUGAGGAACGAGUUCGUCCUGUGGGAUGCAUCCUUCACAGAAAUCGGAGACGAUGUGACCGUGGACUAUGAUGCAGGGGUGAG